UAAUAGUUUCCGCGACAUUUUUACAACAGAAACGUCACUUUUCAGAGACCUCUGCUCGGUGGUUGUUUGGUUUGGAGCUUGGAGAAGGUAACAUCACGAUGGCGUCGGGAACAGGAGAGCCGUCCACCGGACACGAUGCCGAAUUGGACGAAUUAUUGGACAGUGCGUUGGAUGACUUUGACAAGACACCGGCGCCUCCAGCCCCUGAGCCUGCAGCUGCUUCCUCCUCAGCCAACAGUGGUGCAGAGAAGCCGCCCCUGCUUGAAGACUGCAAACUGUUUGAGACUCUCUUCGAGGGGGACAUGGCUACCCAAGCCAAGGAGGAGUGGGAGAAGGCCAUGACUGAGCUGGCCCACGAGGAGCCAGAACUACUGCAGCACUUCCAUAAACUGUCAGAGGCUGCAGGCAAAGUUGGCACUGACACAGAGUCCCAACAAGAAUUCACUUCCUGUCUUAAAGAAACCCUUCGUGGCCUGGCCAAAAAUGCAGACAACCUGCAGUCCUCUGGACUAGCUGGAGACGACCUCGUCAAGGCUCUAGAAGGCCUGGGAUUGGACGAGGGUGGCGAAGGAGGCGGCGAGGACGGAAACAUCCUUCCCAUCAUGCAGUCCAUCAUGCAGAAUCUCCUCUCGAAGGAAGUGCUUUAUCCGUCUCUCAAAGAGAUCACUGCUAAGUACCCAGAAUGGUUGGAUGCCAAUAAGCCAAGCCUUAGCCCAGACGACUACCAGCGCUAUGAGCAGCAGGCCAACAUCAUGGGAGAGAUCUGUAAGCACUUUGAGAGGGAGGAACAGGGGGCAGCAGAUAAAGAAGGCGUGUUCGAGAGCAUCAUGGAACUGAUGCAAAAGCUGCAAGACCUGGGCCAACCACCCAAAGAGCUAGCAGGAGACGCGCCUCCGGGCUUUAACUUUGAUAUGGAGUCCCUCAAUCUCCCAGGAGGCCCCGGGGCUGGGGCAGCCGAGCAGUGCUCCAUCAUGUGAUGAGGUAGCGGUGCGACCCAUCAGAAGCACUGGAGCCAGAGGGUCACUCCGCGUGUGUCAGCGGCAGGCAGGGAGUGAAGGAGUGGGAAGCAAAGGUCAGGCGGGAGUGUGACCAUGACCGUCAACACCGUUCUCACUCAAGUAGAAGGUGUGUGUGUGGAUACAGAAACAACCGGACGAGGCACCAAAACCAACAGAAACCACACACACGCACACACACCAAACCCACUCUCUACUGCCUAAAGUCACUGAAGGCACGAAUGAGAACAUUUAAACAUCUCUGCAUUAGUUAGUCAACGGUUGCCGCAGAUCCUUCACGGUUUAGUUUUAACAGCAUUCCUUUUAAAAAGAGCCACUGCGGUUCUUCAUGUUGUUUUUUCAAUACUGUUUAGCCUCACUGUAAAAUCCACGGAACCAAUUCACGGGUAUAAACAGUGCCUUUGCAAAAUUACUUUAAGUUUGUUAUUUUAGGUUUUAAUAUUUUGAAAUCAUUCAGCUUAGCACUUAAGAUUAUAAUUUUCAAAUGGUGUGAAUUUGCAAUAUCAUGACACCCCAUGUUUACACCAAGUUAACGGUAAUUAUUUGGUACUUUAAUUAAAGGCACACCUCUGUUUCUGUACAGGUUGUAGAGGAUGUGACUUAACAAGUUAUUAACAAAAGAAACUGGAGAAGAAAAAAAAGUAGUGUACAUUUUGUAAUUAUUUAUAAUCUAAUUAAAGAGACUAGAGAGGAUUGAACACCUAAUGAGGAGUUGCCAGCGCCUACUCUAAUUCAGUCAACUAAUUUCCCCCAUUUGCCCCUGUUCCCAACUAUUGGUUUGAAGUGAUUGAAAUGAUGAUUGCCGUAUGCCUUUACUGUGGUAGCAGUGAUCGUUAUAGUGUAGCGUUACCGUGCAAAGUGCUUCCCUUGUGAUUCUCCGUGUUUUUGAUGUGCACAGUGUUUGGUAUGGGAUCCCUGCUAUGAAAGGAAAACACGUGAGGAGUGUUUACCUCCUGAUAGCAUGCUUGUAUUGUGUACCCUCCAUUAAAAGUACAUCAUGUUGCAUCCAGAAAAGGUGGCAGGCAAA